AUGUCAAUAAAUGUGUGUUCAGAGAAAGCAGGCUUUGGAAUCAGCCCUCGCAUUUCAUUCUCGCAAGACCCCAAAAACACAAUCUCAGUUGAAAGCCCUCGUAAGCAAGACACGUGCAUAUUAGACUCGAGCUCAGACUUCGUUUUCUGCAUCACAAACGGCGUCCCACACAAACUCUCUUCAGCGGACGAGCUUUUCUCCAACGGCAAAAUCGUUCCCAAGCAAAUCACCAGAAUUUCCAAAGCCCCACCACACCAGCCCCAUCAUCAACCCCAUUUCAACACGCAAAAGAAGAGGCUCAAAGAGUUCUUGUCAGAGCCAGAUGAUGACGACACCCAAGAACAUGAUAAGCCCAAUUCUUCUUCCAAACAUUUCUGGCGUAGCAGCAGUUUGAACUGUGAUGGGGCCACACGUGGGAAACGCUUGCUUCGUUCUUCCUUGCAGUUUCUGUCACGAAGCUAUUCAACUGGCUCGGCACCGAACACGCCAAAACAUGGCCUUAUUCGAAGGGGAAAUGCAGAGAGGCAUAGGCUGCAGAAACAGUCCUCUGCUUCAUCGUUGUCAUUGUCUUUGUCAUCAUCGUCUUCAGCAAGUUCAAGUGCAUAUUAUUUCUAUGAUUCCGCUCAAAAGCCUUCUUUAAAGAAAAAUUGUGGCUCUUCUGCUGGUAAUGCUGUUCGCAUUAGUCCUGUUUUGAAUCUUCCCCGUCGCAAAGCUUCUAAGAGCUUCUUCGGAUUUGGUUCACUAUUCUGUAAUGGGAAGAUUAAAAGCAAAAAAUAA